AUGUCGGGACCGAACGCAGGUCCGGUCGUAUUUUCUUACAAGACUGAAUGAUCCUCUCUCUUUCUUCCUCUGCUUCAUACGUUUUCGAGAAGGAGAGAAGACGAAGACGCGCUCCCAAUACUUCGCUAUCAUCUUCUUGCACUGUGCUUGGUUCGGUCAGGUCACCUUGGCUACUCCGGUCGCCGUUCAGACGGAGACCACCCCUGAGCACCGGUGCGUUGCGGAACAAGCCCCUGGUGGGGAAUCGUUGCGUUCGCCUGCUGACCGCCGAUCCUUCCAUUGUUGCCUUUGUCAAACUUUGCCACUGGAUCCAGCACCAACGAUGCCGCUAGCUCAGCUUACAAGGUUUCACGCCGUUCAAGCGAUGGAUACCUGUCCUGCGAGUGCGUACUUUAUAAGAUUCAGUUGCGUCCGCCAUCAAGCCUUGCGACUGACUGUCUCAUUCAAUCCUAUGUCCUACGUUUCUGCUGCUUCAAAAUACAACAACAACACCACAUUUAUAACCAAAGUAAAUGCACCCAGGAAUGCGAAGCCGAACCAUCGCACCCGUCGUAA